AUGCCGCAAAGAGACUCUGUCACAUGGAACUCCAUGAUCUCUGGUUACUCGAAAAGCAACCGCAUCAAGGAUGCCGAAGUUCUUUUUAACGUUUGUCAAGAUAAGAAUGUGACAACCUGGACUGCAAUGCUAUCUGGCUAUGCCAAAAAUGGACGAAUUUGGGAGGCUAUUAGACUUUUUGAGGCCAUGCCCGAGAGGAAUAUUGUUUCGUAUAAUGCGAUGAUUAGUGGGUAUUGGGGAAUUGGUGAUUUUGUUAAUGCGAGGAGGUUGUUUGAUGUAAUGUCUGAAAAGAAUGUGUCAACUUGGAAUUCGAUGAUCACAGGGUAUUGCAGGUGUGGGAGAGUAUACGAGGCUCAUGCUUUGUUUGAUGAAAUGCCGGAGAGGAAUUCAGUUUCAUGGGUGGUGAUGAUUUCUGGGUAUGUGGAGAUAGGUCAGUUUGAGGAAGCUUGGGCUUUAUUUUUGGAGAUUCAUAGAUGGAGAGAGGUAAAGCUAGACCAGGCUGUAAUUGUGGUUACUUUGUCCACUGCAACAGGAUUGGAUGAUGUGGAGUUGGUUAAGAGCUUGAUGGCAUUGGUGAUGAAGAUCGGAUACGACAAAGAUGUGGUGGUGGGGACUGCGACUUUGAAUGGUUUGACAAGGAAUGGGAGUUUGGACUCUGCUAUCAAAUUUUUUGAGGGAAUGCAAGAGAGGAAUGACUAUGCCUACACUACGAUGAUCACAGCCUUUUCAGAAUGUGGAAGGUUGGAAGAUGCCAUUGCACUGUAUAGACAAGUUCCUGAUGUAACUGUUGAUAUAAGAACGGCAAUGAUGAGUAGCUAUGCUCAAAAUGGGAUGUUAAAUGAAGCGAGAAUUUUAUUUGACGAGAUUAGGAACCCAAAUGUUGUUACGUGGAAUGCGAUGCUCACGGGAUAUGCGCAAAAUGGGAUGGUUGAGGAGGCCAAAAACCUGUUUGCAAGGAUGCCUGUGAGAAAUAUAGUUUCUUGGGGGGCGAUGAUCUCUGGGCUUGUGCAGAGUGGACAGAAUAGAGAAGCUUUGGAGGUAUUAGUUCAGCUACAUAGGUCAGGCACUGCACCUAGUUGUUCUAGUUUCACUACUGCUCUCCUGGCAUGUAGUAACUGUGGAGAUUAUGAAGUUGGUAGGCAGAUACAUUCUCUUGUUUUUAAAUUAGGUUAUCAAUACAAUACCUACAUAGGAAAUGGGUUGAUUUCCAUACAUUCCUGA